AUGGAUUGUAAUGGCAUGGCUUUGUUUGUCUCUAAAUCUGCACCUUGCAAGAACAAUGCCGGUGGAACAAUGCUGCUGAUGAUGAAGUUGGACAAGAGAAAGAACAAGGACCUUACACAGGAAGAAGCAUUCUACAACUCCACCUUUGGUAGUUUCCGCUCUCAGAUGGAGUCUCUAUUUGCUGAUCUUGGUUCCACAUUUGAGAAGCACAACAAUCGUGCUCCAGUCUUGGUGGAUAAGAAACAGACAUAUAAUUUGCAGUUGAAGUUGUCUUUGCUUCUCUUGAACAUGAAAAAGAUGGUUGCUUUGUUGGCGAUUUCUGUGGAACCAAUUCAUACAGCCUGGCUGCGUGAAGGAUUCGAGUAUCCAACAACGGAGAACGAUGUUGAGCAACCAAUGGAAUAUGUUGAUGUUGGUGCACUGAUGGAGGAUGGUAAUACAAUGGCAAAACUGCAGGAGGAAUUCCUUGCUCUUGAACUUCAUGAUGAUGUUGAUGAGAACCAGUACUCUAAUGAGUACACACCAAUGGAUCCACCAGUAAUACUGUAA